CCUUUGUCCAAUCAAGAAGAGGAUAGCCAUCAUGCAGCGGACCUGGUGAUAGAGGAAGGCUUGGCCUGUCACUUCAAACUGGCUCGCUAAAUAUCAAGAAGAAGUAAUGGCAGCCCUGAUGAGACCCGAUCGGUACCGAUGGGCCUCUAUGAGCCAUGAAGAUCAGCUCAAAGAAGCUGCAAUGGCCUUUAUUCGCCUUUGUGCAGAACAGGGAGAUGGAGAUAGCCCGAGGCAGCCUCGCAUCACCCCUCAGGUAGACCCCUACACAAGAGCCUCUGUGGCCUCUGUAGCCAGACCCACACUUCCUGUAACCAUCAAGCAUCUUCAGACAGAAACCACCUUGCAAACGGAGACUCCUAACAAUUCCAGAGUUUCUAGGAAACCUGUGAUGAAAAGGAAGGUUCUGAGGCGAAGGCCUGAUGGGGAAGUACAGGUGACAGAUGAAUCAAUCGUCAGUGAACCAGAGUCUAGCAGUCCAAGUGACCCUGAGUAUGGCGACCUGAGUCAGAGAAUAUACAACCUGAAUACCCAGCAGCAGCAGCAGCAGGAGGAGGAGGAAGAGGAAGAGUCUGAGGAGGAGAGCGAGCCAAGCAGUUCCCCAGAGUCCGAGGUUCCUUAUUCCUGGAGAACUACAGAAGAGAGCCAGAGCUCUCAAAGAGGGAGCCGGAGCAGUGCAUCCUUUGAGCAGGACUUGAUACUUGCUGGCCAUCCAAAGUCCUUCAUACUACCAAGGCUGGAGCAGCUCAGCCGAAACAGAAUGAAGACUGAUCGGGUAGCUCGUUACUUGGAGCAUAAGCACGACUGGGAAUCACUGCGGCUGCCAGGAGAAGAUCUCAGGAAGGGGGUGCGCUGGAGCAUCCGGGAACAGAUGCUCUACAAGUCAGAAAUGCCGCCCCGACCUCAGCACAUUUAUAUCCCCAACAAUUACUUGGUGCCUACAGAGAAGAAGAGAUCUGCCCUGCGCUGGGGAAUACGCUGUGACCUGGCAAAUGGUGUGAUGCCUAGGAAUUCCUACUCCUCCUAAACAUCCUGAGUCUUUAGAUCUCCACCCAUAGGAGUGUACAUUGCUUAGUAUCACUCUGAACAGGCAACUAAUCUAUUUUGUUCCCUUUGAAACCCAAAUCCUGCAUAUUGAUUUUUUUCAAUCUAUCCUUGGCUUUCAGAAUAGGUGCUUUCUGGGCAGGAAAAGACUCUACUUUCCUAUGCUUCUUAAAAAGUUGCCCAGAAUGGAUCAUUUACAUGUAAAUGUUGUCCCAUAAGAAGUCAGGCAGAAGAUGAACCAAAGCCUACUGAAGUAUAUGUCAUGGAGAAUAACCUUCAAUUUAUUGCAAGGUCUUUGAAACCCAAUUUCUCUUCCUAAAGCAAUGAACAUCCUAUAUGUCAGUAUUUUUUUUUAAAAAAAGUUUUAACUUCUGGGUGUAUGGAUUAAAUUAAACAUGUGGAAUAA